AUGCUUUCGCUGCGCAAACUUAUGAAUAAGCCGCGGCCGGAUGAUUGGGCACCUCUCGCCAAGUUCUUUUAUGCCGAUGAAGCGCUAAAUUGCAUAGGUUGGCGUGACGUUCGAAUUUCAUUUCCUAGCUUUUAUCCUCAAUCCAUUUAUUUAGCGCUUGAAUUGGAUUCGUUCGAUGGACGACGAGAUCCCGAGAGGUGCAACGCUCUUGUAAAUAAGCUCAGAAUUUCUCAGGAUAGGGUUCUUCAUAUCAUAGGUGAAAUGCUAACUAUUGUUUAUCCACGUGAAUCAGACCGAGCUUGCCGAGAUUUUCGCGUGAAGUUUCCAGAUGAAAUUAUACAUGAUAGCCUUCCUGGACAGUUAUGGUUUGGAGCUGAGGUGAGAUUCUUAUUCAGUUUCUUACUUUUACUAUUACGAAUUGGUCUGUGUACACUUCGAACAUGUCAUAUGGAGCAUGUUUCUUGUUGUUAAGG